ACGCCGCGGGACGUCAUGGCGGACUGCUCGCCCUCGGGUCGUCUGCCUUUCACUUUUACAAAGCGCUGGAAGCCUCCGCUGGUCAUCUGCAGCUUGAGAUGGCACUGCCCGCUUGUAUUUGCCAGCUCCAGAGGCCCCAGUGCCAUGCCAGAGGGGUCCCACUCUGCUCUCCACCAGGACCCAAUGGGGGAAGAAUCCCCUCAGUUGUCGUCGCCCCUCUCCGCCGGCGAACAUGAGCGAGCGUACAGCCGGCUGUGCGUGGAGCUUCCGGAGGGAGACGGCGAGCGUCCGUUGAGCCUGGCGUCCACCCUGUCCUCCGGUUCGUCCCGCGACAGCCGCAGCCUCUUCGGGAGCACCGCGGCCCUUCCUUCCUCCGCCACCCCGCCCGAGCAGAGCGAGGACGACAUCGACCUGGAGCUGAGCCCGGCCGAAAGCGGCGGGGAGCGGCCCGCGGGCCGGGGCCGGGGCCGGAGCCAGAGCCCGCCCCCGACCACCACCUCCGGGGGCCGCUGGCCGGAGCGGCGGGAGCCGGGGGCGGCCCAGCGGAACGGCGACGGGAAGGCCCGCUUCCCCGCCUCGCCCGUCGUCGCGCGCGCCAUGGCGCCCGACCCCAAGCUGACCUAUUUGGACCGCGUCGUCAUGGAGAUCAUCGAGACGGAGCGCAUGUACGUCAAAGACCUGCGCAGCAUCGUGGAGGACUACUUGGCUCACAUUAUCGAUAUGAGUAACCUUCCCAUACAGCCGGAGCAAGUGUGCGGCCUCUUUGGAAACAUAGAGGACAUCUAUGAGUUCAACAGUGAACUGCUGCAGUCCUUAGACAUGUGUGAGAGCGACCCGGUGGCCAUCGCACGAUGCUUUGUCGAUAAGAGGGAAUACUUUGAUAUAUAUACGCAGUAUUGCACCAACUAUCCCAACUCCGUGGCAGCACUGACCGACUGCAUGGGGAGUAAAACGCUGGCCACCUUCUUCCAGGACCGGCAGGCCGCUCUGAAGCGCUCCCUCCCUCUGGGCUCCUACCUGCUGAAGCCGGUCCAGAGGAUCCUGAAGUACCACCUGCUGCUUCAGGAAAUUGCGAAGCACUUUGACUCGGACGAGGAAGGCUAUGAGGUCAUUCAGGAGGCCAUCAACACCAUGACCGGCGUGGCCUGGUACAUCAACGACAUGAAGAGGAAACAUGAACAUGCUGUCAGAGUGCAGGAGAUCCAGUCUCUCCUCAUCAACUGGAAGGGUCCUGACCUGACCACCUACGGAGAGCUGGUGCUGGAGGGCACCUUUCAUGUGCUGCGGGCGAAGAACACCCGAACUCUCUUCCUCUUCGAGAGGAUGCUCCUCAUUACCAAGAAAAGAGGGGAACACUACGUCUACAAGACCCACAUCUCCUGCUCCACCCUGAUGCUCCUCGACAGUGCCAAGGACCCCCUGCUCUUCAGUGUUAUCCAUUUUAAGCAUCCCAAGCAACCCCACACAGUGCAGGCCAAGUCGGUGGAGGAGAAGCGCCUGUGGGCCCAUCAAAUCAAGAGGCUCAUUCUUGAGAACCACAACACCAUCAUCCCCCAGCAGGCAAAAGAAGCCAUCAUGGACCAUUCUAUGUAUCCAGGGAAGUACCACUACAGCCCCGAGAGGCUGAAGAAGGCAGAGUCCUUCCAAGGGGAUGACUUUCAUCUUGCAGGGCGGAAUGGGAGAAGAAGAUCAGAGCCUGCAAAACACACAAUACUGGGCACAAAAGCUGUUUUGAAGCACGCAGACAGUGAGGGCGCGCUGCUGGGGGAGAGGUGCUCCCUCCGGCCCGCUGCUAGUGACAGUACGCAGGCCCCCGCUCUAAGCCAGGCGCCGUCCGAGAGGCCAUGUGCGAAGGAUCUGAAUCCCGGAGGUCCCACUGACCGUGACCCCAGGCCGGAGCCUCGGCCCAGCGAGGGCGGGCUGCAGCCGGACACGCCCGAGGAGGAGAAGGGGGAGAGUUACAAGGAGGAUGUACUGAUGGGAGACGACCAGGUAGCCGACUUUGCCAGCUCAGUGCUGGCGGCCAUCUCCUGCUGGCACUAUAGAGCCAGGGCUUUGCUUUCCACUCGCUUCACAACGGAUGAUCAGAUCGGAGAUACGGCUCAACUGACAAUUACAACAACGGAGGAGGUAAGACCUCCAGCGCAGGAGGAAAAACAGGUGGACGUGGCUGUGAAUGAGACAAAGGUCGGCGUGGCGGAGCCGUGUCCUCUGGACCGUGUCCCUCAAGAGAGGCAGAGCCGCCGGCCCGAGUCUCCCGUCUGCCCUGUGCAACAAGGAGCCGACACUCCGGAGUCUCACGACGACUCGAGGGAAACCGCGGAGGAGGAGGAGGAGGAGGAAGGGGAGAGCGAUUCAUCUGGUCAUCAAGCGGAGGAGACGAGUGUACUGACGAACGGCGAGCUCUCGGAAGAGGAGGAAGAGGCGCUCUCGGGCAACGCAAGCAUCCUGCCGUCCUCCGUGCUGGACCAGGCGAGCGUGAUAGCUGAGCGCUUCAUCGGCGGCCUUUCGAGAAGGAGCAGCCUGGUCUCUGAAGACCUGGGGUCCCCCGCGUGCCCCUCACCCUCAAUAGAAAAUGACAUCUUCAAAAGCCCCUCGGCUUGCGUGGAUUUAGAGCAGCAGACUCAAACGCCGGCUCGCUCCCCCCCGGAGCCGAAGGUCAUCGGCGAGGCCGUCCCGUCGACGCCUGCACCGGCCCUCGCGCCGAACGGCCGCGCUGAGGAGGAACCCGGGUCCACUCUCUCUAAACGGGAUCGCCUCCUCAUCCGCAAGAUCAGGAGAUACUACCAGCACGCCGAGAACGAAGACGCCAGCUUCAGCAUCAAGCGCCGGGAGAGUCUCUCCUACAUCCCGGCGGGUCUGGUGCGGCACCUGAGCCGACAGCUGAACAGUGUUCCUCAGGAGCAGGCCGCCCCGGCUCAAAGGAAAGGCCUCUCUCGGAACCGCCCCACUUCCUGGUCGGUGUUUGACCUUCCCGGCUUGGAAAAGAUUCCAAGCCCCGGCGCUCAACCACAGACGAAGCCACAGAGACCAGUGGAGGCCAAGGCCAGAUCCCAGAGCAUCACAGACGCCACCACCACCGAUGAAGAGUUCAGAGACUCGUCAGACAUGCUCAAGGUCUGGCAGGACAUGGAAAUGGAAGCGGACCGCCGGGACGUCCGGCGAAUUACAGAGGAGACGCUUAGCGACCCGAGGUUAGAAGCGACGUGGGAUCUCGGCUCAGGCACUCCAGAUGUUAAAACCAGUAAGAACCCACCUCCCCUUUCAGAAGAGUCCGAUGGCUGCGCCGUCUCAUCUCCCACCACAGCCUUUCCACCGGCGGAGGGGGGGUCCUGUCCGGACUCCACGUCUCCAGACAAGCUGCCCAAGUUGAUCAGCUUCCGAUCGAGCAUCGACGAGGACCAGAUCCUACAGGACAUGGGGAAGAUGAAGAACAAGGUGUUCCAGCUGGCGCGCCAGUACAGUCAGCGCAUCAAGAGUAACAGGCCGAUAGUCUGGCCGAGGAACCGAGAAAGAGCAAAUCCACCGAGCUUCAAGAGCUUGCCUGCUGUCCGCGAGGAGAGGAUUCAAUGUAGGAAAAAGGGUAAACCCGACCUGAGGUUGCCCUUGAACACUUGCGAUCACUCAGUCGUCCACGAGGAGCGUUCUCCGAGCCCGGUCCAGACGCCCGGCUCCGGCCCCGGCUCUGAACCCGGCUCCCCGGAGACGGACGGCUUCUGCUGGCCUGCGGUGCACGAGCUGCGCACCAAAUACACAGACUCCGGCCACUCGCCAAACGGGACCCCUGCCUGCGCAGUCCCAAACGGGACGCCGGAGUGCUGCGCGCGCCAGGACGGCAGCUCCUCCGACCUCCGCGGCGCGCCGCCGGACGGUCCGAGCGCGGCGCUGGAAGACAGGUGCCGCGUGGAGGAGGAGGAGGACCGGGCGGCGCCCCGCGUCCAGCCCCUGCUGUGCAGGUGGAGCUCCUUGGACCACGUGCUCGGGUCUCUCCCCCUCCACGAAGCGCAGAGCUUUCAGGAACCUGUGAGGAGCAGCUUCACAACAAGUCAGGUGUCUCUGAUAACGAGAGGCGGGGACCGCGACCCUGACUGCACGGCGAAGGCCGCCGCCCCGGCUCCUGGGAAAACGACAGAAAGUAACCUGGUGAAAAGCUUACGAGAGAAGUUCCAGAGCUUAACCGCGAGCUCGUGAACACGUGAAACGAGGGACCAGCCGGUGGAGAACAGUUACCCCCCAAAAGAACGCAACCUGUUGUUAUCUGCACAUUGUUUUUAGUAUUGGGGACACGGUGAUGAUUUUCCACCAAGCAUAAAGGGAUGUUAUUGGUCAUGAGGGGAAAGCAUAUUGUCUUAAAAAAUGUGUGUUGCAAUAUUUGUACAUUAGUAUUUGUCUGCACUGUACAAGUGUUUUUUUAAAGAUUUGUAAUGUAGUCCCCCGGUGACUGCGGAUUAAGUUCUACUUUAUUUUUAUUAUUUGCAUCAAUUUGGUAAAUUCCUGCUAUAACCACUGUAGUACUUUUACCAUUCAACCAUGUAAUCUGCCAGCCAGAGCUUCAGGGGAAAGAAAAAAGGGGCUAAAGUGACUUUAACGAGUCCGAUGUUCUAUGACCAGUCAAACAUAUAGACACGUUUUCUCAUUCAAUUCAAUGAAGGAGUGACCCAAAUGUUUGACUGCUACUGUACCAAAGAGGGUUUGAACGGUGAUUUGCUUCCACGUUUACUGUAGCGGCUUUUAAAAAAUUGUUCACAAACUGUCACUGGAGCUUUAUUUUUCUCAACAAGCUGUACAUUUUCUUUAAUAUUAUUUAUGAAUCUGUAUAUUUGGCAAAUUGGCCUCAUGUAAAUAGUGACACGUAGAUGCCCUUUUUACUUUUCCAUUCCAGAACAUAUAUUAUUUCAUACUUGAAGUUUCCCAUAUUUUCAAUAAAAAUGGUAUAUGCCCUAA